AUGACGGAGGCGCGAGAGAUCUCAAGGGGCGUGGAGGUGCGACCGGACGGCUUCAUCCAAGCCUUGGAUGAAGUUUAUGGCCAGCUGAAGGCAGCACACGAGCGGGAGAUUCAGGCUCAGCAUCAGAAUGACCUGGUGCACAUCCAGCUUCAACUUUCUCAGCUGCACGAAGCGCAUGAGCGCCUGCGUCAGGCGAAGCCCAAAAAGAGAAAGCCGAAGACCAACGCCCAACGCGCCCUUGAAGGCAACGCCCACCAAGAGCAGGUUGAAUCCCGAGGCUGUCAAGAGGACAGCGCCCGCACGCUCGGCCGCCAAGAGGACAGCGCCCGCAGGCUCGCCUCUUUGAGCGGGGCUCACUUGGAGGAGUUGAAGAAGGCACCCGCGGACCAGUCAGAAAAUGAAGGUGUCUUGGAAGUUUUGAAGAAAUUCACUUCCCAGAUCUCCCAAGCAGCCAAGGGCGAGGCGCCGUCUAUCGAAGAUCUGGUCGCGCAUCCAGCCUUCCAGAUCCUAUGCUCGGCGAUCAUUGUGUUCAACUGCCUUCGCAUUGCCUUCUACACUGAUUGGCUGAUCAAGAAUUCUUAUGCUCCGCUGGAGGGUCUCCAGAAGGGUGCGACCAACUUUGCGUGGGAUGCGCCCUUCGCUGUAUGGUUCUGCCUCGAGGUGAUCCUCAAAAUAUAUGCGGUUCGCCCUGGGAUCUUUUUCUGCGGUGUAGACAAGUACUGGAAUAUCUUUGACUCCAUGCUCGCCGUGGAGUCGGCUCUUUCUAUCGUGACGCGUUUGCAGUCUGCAAGGUUCUCGGCUUUGCGCGUCCUUGGCAUUUUCCGCGUGGCAAGGCUGGUGAAGCACAUGGACAUGCUCCAGGGAUUGCGGCGGAUGCGCGCGGUGUUUAUUGCCCUGUCCACUUCUGUGCAUGACUUUGCUUCGGCUGCCGUUGUGGUUGGUGUGGUUCUCUUCGCCUAUAGUGUCUUUCUGUCCAUUGCUGCGGUGAACUACUUUGAGAACAUGGAGCGGUUGAAUGCCACACACCCGCUGAGUGCUGAAGAGCUCCAGGAAGUUGCAGCGGUCAUUGACACCUUCGGAUCUUUGCCAAACAUGCUGGUGUCGCUAUGGGCAGCAAUCAGCGGUGGCAAUGACUGGAUGUCUUAUGGCGACUUACUCAAGAAAAUGGAUCCAACGCAUGUAUUUUUCUGGACGUUUGUAUGCUUCACUGCCUUCAGCGUGGUUGGCUUACUCAAUGUGGUCACAGGCGUCUUCGUGGACCGUGCUGUGAGCGCUGCCGACGCUUGCAGAAGCGAGGAUGAGGUCACAGCGUCACAGCGAGCGGAAGAAGAGGAGGAGGAGAAAACUCUGAUGAAUGCGUUGCAGAAAAUGGAUCAAGAUGGCGACAGUGCUAUCACUCGGAAAGAGCUGGGGGAACACUUGAAGGAGCGCAAUCACCAGGCGCUUUGGAGCCACCUGGGCAUCACCCCAAAGCAGGUGAAGAUGACGUUCGAGCUGCUGGAUCGGUGUGAUGGCUUGACGGGAACGAAUAAAAUUGACAGGCUCCUACAUUUUACGCGGCAGUGCAAAGGUCCAGCGUCCCACAUUGACAUACUCAGCCUGAUGUAUGACCACGUGCUGCUUUCAACCUCGGUGCACGAGAACUUCACGAAGCUCCAGGAGAGCGUUGCAAAGCUGCAGUUCAAGCUGGAGAAGACCGGCUUGAGUCCCCUCGAACCCUGUGGUGGGGGUUCGAGGCGCUCCUCAGGCAUCGAAUGA